AUGUCGACCAUCACCACAAAGCCCACGAUGGCCACUACAUCUGCCAACCGCUCCCAAAAGAAGGGGCUGCGCACCAACCGAGCCAGGCCCACCGCCGCCAACUUCUGGAACUUCAACUUUACCGAGCUGCAACUCUACGCCCUCUGGUACUGGUACGAGCAGUACCACGUUCUCGAGCCCGACGCGAAGCCCGCCACCCUGCUGUCGGGCAAGGAGCUGGUCGAGGUUCUCCUUUCGAAGAUGUCCAAGGACGAGGUCGACAUCUUCCGCGAGAGGCUGGACCUCAUCCUGUCGCACUACCCCGAGCGCCAGCGCUGGAACAGGAAGUUGAGGGGAAGACCGCUUGUAGGUGGAGGACUCGGCAUGGAGUACGAUGUCAGGGUGGGCAUCUGGGAUGACGAGUACUUGCACGUCACCUGGGAGAAGGUUACCGACGAGGAGAAGGGGUUUGAGUGGUGGUGGUAA